AUGUUCGCUACCAAUGCUGCGUCCAACCUCUUCUUCCCUUGCAACCCUUCGUCCUUCCGGUGCCGCGCCGCCGCCGGAGACCUCUCAGUGGCCCCCUCCUUCUUCCAGUCCGUCGCCGGAGGCCUCCGGCUAGGACCCUUUCCCGACGGCGGGGGACUCGCCGCCGAAGGACGGCGUGGCGGCGGGAACGAACCGAUAAGGGUGAAGAAAUGGUCUCGGAAGAGAGAGAGUUAUUUGGAUAAUGAUAGCGAGCCUCUUCCCCUUCCCAUGACGUACCCCGAUACCACACCCGUUUCGCCGGAAGAGAUUGAUAGACGUCUCCAAUGCGAUCCCCAAGUUCAGGAUUGUAAGGAGGUGGUGUAUGAAUGGACUGGCAAGUGCCGUAGUUGCCAAGGAUCAGGAUAUGUUAGCUACCAUAGCAAGAGAGGGAAAGCGGUUACCUGCAAAUGCAUUCCUUGCAUGGGAAUUGGAAAUUGGAUCCAUCUUAUUCUCCCCCCUACCCUGAAUGAUGGAGCCUUGUGCAAUGGACCACAUCAAGACAAUAUCUAG